AUGUCUGUACAGGCCUGUCUCGUCUCUAGCUCUUUGGGCCACGCUCCUCUUCCAUCAGCGUUGGCGCAUCCCGGUGUUAGCCAGGCUAGAAUCCAGCCUCCGUUGUCAGUGCCGGGCAAGGCCAAACCUUCCGGUGCUACUCUAUUCCUUUAUCAGCCACAGACGACCUCUGGGCUCUCUGCUGGUCAAUCGGAUCUGAUAUUUCUCGCCACAAGUGCUGGUACCGCUGCCUCCCUCACCAACACCAUCACUACCACUACUGCGACCCUUGCCAACUCUGCCCCACAUCGCCUCACAAUGGGCCUGGCCAGCACACAUACCGAAUCCAGUAUGGUGGUCCCGGGCACCUCGAAUACUUCUAUCGCUUCAGUUGCUGCUACAAUCACGCAACCUCCCUCCACCAGAAUCAAACAAAUACAGGCGCAACAACACCAGCAUAACUUCCAGCCUAAUCUGCAACAACAACAGCAACAUCUAAUUCCCGACUUCCGGCUUCCAACGAUUCCUAGCUCUCGCCUUACUUAUCAAAGUCAGGUCCAGAGCUCAGUCCAACAGGAUACUUCUCCAGCUGGCCCACUUUCCGUUGCCGGGUACACCGUUUUAGCACGAGCUGGUAAGUAUUGA